CAUGAGUCAAUGAAUUACUCCGCAUGAUAAGUACAGAAGAAACGAGUCGUAUGGUCUAGCCGUUGUAACCCGCAUCUUCCUGGAUAAUUCAAUUUCACCGGUAACACUUCAGUCAACUCUGGAUCAUCGGAUAGGUCAUAGAAGGAGUUUGGUGAAGUUUUUCUCUUAACAUCUAGAUAAUCCUUCCAAAUCUCCCAUUUCCAGUCGCAGAGAUCGAGGAGGAAACAAAGAGAUCAGAGAUGAGUAGAACUUGUUACAAUGAUGUAUUGCCAUUUUCAGCAAUGAUGCUGAUCGAAUGCAUUAUUGUAGGCGGAAACACAUUAUUUAAAUCGGCAACUUCUCAAGAAAUAAAUUCAUACGUUUUCACCACUUAUGUCUUCCUUGUCGGCUUCCUUUUCCUGUUGCCUUGUCCAUUCAUCGUCCGCAGAAAAUCAAGUAUCCCGCCGCUGAAGUUCGCCAUUGUUGCCAAGCUUUUCCUUCUUAGCUUGAUUGGAUACAUGUCUCAGAUAUUUGGAUACGUUGGUAUCAAGUACAGUUCUCCAACACUUUCUUCAGUUAUGAGCAAUCUGGCACCUGCUUUCACCUUCAUUCUUGCAUUCUUCUUCAGGGUGGAACAACUGAAUUUGCGAAGCUAUAGCAGCCAAGCAAAAAUUGUGGGAACUGUAUUGUCAAUAUCUGGUGCACUUGUAGCAACACUGUAUAAUGGCCCAUCAGUUACCAUAUUAUCUGAUUCAUCAAAAAGCUUAUAUUGGAUUAUUGGUGGAAUUUUACUUGCAAGUCAGAAUUUUCUACUUUCAUUUGUUUUGGUUUCUCAGGCACAAAUCAUGAUCCAGUAUCCAGUGGAACUAAUGGUUGUUUUCAUCUUUGGGUUAAGUGGGAUGCUUGUAGCAGCAUUUGCAGGGUUGAUUAUGGUGAGAGAUUUGGAUGCUUGGAAACUAAAACCUGAUAAGAUGCUGGCUUCUAUAAUAUACAUGGGGAUCUCUACUGGAUUUUUAAGUGGUUUGAUUCAAGUAUGGGCUUUGAGAUUGAAAGGACCUGUGUAUGUAGCCAUGUUCAAGCCUUUGUCGAUUGUGAUUGCAGUUGCUAUGGGUGUCAUAUUCCUUGGUGAUUCACUCCAUCUCGGAAGUGUUGUUGGAGGCAUAAUUAUAUCAUUAGGGUUCUAUGCUGUUCUAUGGGGAAAAGCUAAAGAAGAUGGUGGUGUUCAUUACAAUGAAGCAUCAUCAUCUGCCCAAACCAGCCCUCUGCUGCAAGAACAUGCCCUCGAAGAGGGGCAAUAAUGACCCCCCCCCCCC